AGUGAGUAUAAAUACUCACCCUUCGACGCCAACGGCCUUUUUGAGUGCGAGCAGCAGCGGAGGCAAGACGGACCCGGAAGACUGCAGCUAAGGUAAAGCAGUUUAUUUUUAAAAUUACUUACCGGUAGCGGGCAGCGGUGUUUUUUUUUCCUCUUUCAGAGAAGGAGCGGGAGCAUCAGAGGAAGUGACGAGGACCAGAGGGGCAGCCGGGAAGGAAAGCAGUGACCAUAUAUAUCAGCAAGGCGGCGAAACCCGAGACUCGACAACUGUAGUGUCUCCCACCCGCCCUCCUCCUCUAACCUAGUUAAUAAGUCAGAAAGUCAAAUAGGAAAAGAAACCAACUCACGGACCUCAACAUCGAAAAAUCGGCUGAGAGUUUUGUUGGAAAAUGUUUGCUUCUCCAAUCCUUCUUGCAAUUGUUCUCUUCCAUGUUCUGGUCAAGACGCAGGAUGUAGAUGACUUGCCAAAGCCAGUUGUGUCUUUAAAUCCAUCAUAUGAGGUAUUUCUGGAUGGUGAGACAACAUUAGUGAAGUGUAGCUGUCAAUGUCCAGCCACAAGGACGCACUCCUGCUACAAUUCUGAAUUUAGUGACACAGCGGUUCCUGAAGGACAAUGUGAAACAUCUUUACAAUUAAAACCCUUAAGGAGAGGUGAAGCAAGUUACAGCUGUGAAUGUUUAUUUGUGACGGAGAAUGGAACAUGGAGAAGAUCAGGAUGGACUGAGCCCAUUCUGAUACACGUCGGAGAUCACCUCUCCCAACCGACGAUCACACUCUCAGAUACUGGUGCCAGUUCAGCCAUGGGCGAUGUCGUGAUUUCCUGCCAAGGUGAGAUUCGCCCCGACGGAGGAAUAUUCUACUUGUACAACAGUCAGAGGGAAGGUUUUAGACAGCAACGUCAUGUGACUGGUCUUGAAGGUGCUGCAGCCUUUGCCAUCAAUGUCUAUGAACAUGCUUCUGGAGGAAACUAUACUUGUCGAUAUGAGACAAACGUUAAUGGACGCCCUGUCCUUUCCCCAUCCAGCCAAUCUGUUUCAGUCAAGGAGAAAGGAAAGUGGGAUCAUAAAUUGAAAGGUGCCCAGACGGGAUUCUAUCUGUACGUUGGACUGGCUUGUGCUGCUGUGAUCAUUCUUUUACUUGCGCUGCUGUGCCUUAUAAUUAUCAAGAAAGGUCGUAAGAAACAUCAAAAAAAUCAGAGGGCUGCAUCGACAGCAGUUCAAAGCUCACACAGCAAAGAUCAUGAUGGCAUUUAUGACAAUGCCAAUGUGAUGCAGCAUAACACAAUGGGCGAAUAUCCUGAUGUGCACGACAACAGACAUGAUGGAGUUACUUAUGCUGCCUUGAUCAUGGAUGGUUUGAAUCAAAAUGAAUCUGCCUCUGUCAUCAGGGAAGAAACAUGCGUUUAUAUGGAUGUGAAAACAUAACAAGCUUCAUCCCCGAAACACAACUGUUGCAGUCUGCUUCUGUCAUGUUGCUUGCUGAAGCUCAACUGGUGAAUUAAUUCAUCCCCCAGCCCCCUCUCAGUCAUCUGUUGUGAUGGAAAAAGAGCAAACUUUUCCCAGCCAAGGGCCUUCAGCCUCUGCUGGCUGCAGUACACAAGAGAGAGAGGCCACCAAGAUUUACAUUUCUGCUAAAAAAGGUGUUUGUCAAAGUUCUUCUCUCAAUAAAAAAUAAAGUCUACGCCCCAUUGAAAGAAACAGGGUCCAACACUGCCGGCUAUAUUUCUGGGGUGGCACGGUGCCUGUGGCUAGCUCUGCUGCCUCACACCGCCAGGGACCCGGGUUUAAUUCCACUCUCGGGCGACUGUUUGUGUGGAGUUUGCACAUUCUCCCUGUGUCUGUGUGGGUUUUGUCUCGAUGCUCCGGUUUCCUCCCACAGUCCAAAGAUGUGCAGGUUAGAUGGAUUGGCCGUGCUGAAUUGCUCAAAGUGUUCAGGGAUGUGUCGACUAGGUGGGUUAUAGGGCUGGGUGUGGGUGGGAUGCUUUGAGGGUCGGUGUGAACUUGUUGGAGAGAAGGGCCUGUUUCCGCAUUACAGGGAUUCUACUAACACUGAAGAUGUAUGUUUGCCAGAAAAGUGGGGAACCAUUAGACAUCAGAAACUAUUAAGAACAAGUGAAAGCAUGCAGGUACACAGGAUAUAUACGGGAAAAGAGACUUACAAGUCAUAAAAUGUAUGAAAAUAAAACCCGAACAGAAAAGGAACAGGAGUAGGCCAUUCUGCCCCUCGAGCCUGUUCUACCAUUCAGUGGCUGAUCUGUAGCCUACAGCUGCCUUUGGCCCCUAUCUCCUUAAUGCCUCUGCUCAAUAAAACAUUAUCUCUCUCA